UCGUGGGGGAUGCUCUGGAGGGCGGUCGGCAGAGUGGUGCAGUGAUCGCGGCACGUUCUCCGAGGGUGGAUCCACACCCAUGUCCCGUGACGCGCCACGAAGGGGUGCCGAGGACGCGUGAUCGCGCGGAAUACAUCGCCGCUCGAUAUCCUUCCUUCCGUCCGUCCGUCUCAUCGGCUAGCUUCUUCGACCAGCGCGGGGCAUACAGGUAACACUCGGAGCUCGCCAAGGACACGUUGUGUCACGGGAACGCUACUAUGUGAUCCUCGGUCGCGUGUCGACACCGCGAGACGCUACGCAGAGGCUACGCUACCAGGUUGUCCAGGUGUCCAGGUUCGAGAAGUGGCGCUAAAAUAUGAAUCCUGCAGGAUACAAGCUCACAGUGGGAAGCAUUCAUAUUUCACCAAGCGGUAAACAAGAAGGGUGACGGACGGCGCUGGGAUGACGCAAUUUAGUCUGUGAUGCCCGUUAAUCGUCCGCUCCAAGGGCUAACACGACCACGAUGAAUCGAGAAAACGAGGAACAGCGACCGGUCCCUCAGACGCUGUGCAGCGCGCUGCAAAAGGAACCGAACUGUAAAUGCCUGGUGCUGACCGUGCUCAUAUACGGUUGCCUUGCCGCAGUAACCUGGUGCAGAUGCGCCAACGUCACCAAGAUCAUGGUCAACUUUACCAAGUUUCCUAUCAAAAGCACAAAGCAGGUAUCGUCGCCUUGCGACGACGGCUACAUAUAUAUUCCGGUGGCAUUUAUGGGGAUGCUGUAUCUGGUUUAUCUGGUGGAGUGCUACCACUCGCCGAUCAGAAUCGAUUUGCUGCACGCGGAGAGCCAGGACAGCGUGUUAUCCAAAUUGGCGCAGCUAAAGAUGGCACAGCCGCGGAUAUGGUGGAAGGCCAUUUCCUAUCACUAUGUGCGCAGGAAACGGCAGAUCACCCGUUACAGAAACGGGGAUAACUAUACCACCACACAGGUCUAUUACGAGAGGGUGAACACGCACUCGGCCACUUCUCACUACUAUUACGACUACUGCGGUGUGAAGGAUAUCAGCAAGGAGCUGAUACUUGAACCGAAGAUACCGAUCACGAAAAUCAUGCUCACCAAGGGCUUCGCGUUCUCGAACAUAAGGUCCGCUACGGAAUUCGAGGAGGCGCGAUCGCGAUUUUUCGCUGAGCAAGAACUCAGUGAUAAUUAUAUGGAGAUGAGAGAAGGACUCGAUCUUGGAUACAACGUUAACACGAUGCUGGUCGCUGUUCUCGGUAAUCCCUGGUUCACGAAUCGCUACGUUUACUGGUGCCUGAGCGCGUUGCUGCUCAGCUGGCCUCUGAGGAUGAUCAUCGAAUACAAAACGCAGUAUGCCGAUUAUCAGGUGACAAAACUAUUCGGCGUGAAUUACGACACACCAACGUCAAGCGAGCCGAUCCACGCGUCCAUGAGCCAGCUGAGCCAGCCGGGAUCUUACAUGCUGGCGCCCAGUUACAGCGAGGCGUUGCUGAUGGAUCCGGCGACGCCUCGCAGUGACGGACCCGCGCCAGAUCAACAGAACUGGCCGACGCAAACAGCGGAGGCAAACGUCGCGACUGACAUGGUGCCCAGCUACUCCGAGGCGCUUCUCUACGAACGCGCCGAACAACAUGAUCAACCGACCGUGGUCGUGAACGUUGCCGAAAGCGGAAAUGCGGAUGUAGCGGCGACGACGACGACGACUUGCCACAACGUAGGCGAUGCAACCGCGCAAACGACGUUACCGGGGAUGCCGUGCGAGUGCCACUGUCCCUGCCCGUGCCACGAGAAUGCCAAGAGCUACAACGUGCGGAUGAACGAGCGCAGUUACGUCGAGGCCAAUCCCAGCAGCGAAAGUCUGCACGUCAGCAAGCAUCCGCCGACAGCAAGCGUCGUGAACGAUGCGUUUGAGAGCGAGAUGGCGGCGUUAAGGACAACGGCCGAUGGUCGGCUGCAUCCUCCAGCGGCCAGGAUGGCACAGGGUGUGCCACCCUGUUCCACAGACAAUCUCCAGGUCGAUGCGUCGCCGAGCAAGUGCAGUAGCUGCGGCAGGACCUCCGCGAGCACGCAGACGAUCAACCCCGAUCAAUUCUCCGCUCGAAAAUCCGUGAGAAACAAAUCGAGCGGCAGCUCGCAGACGGACUUCACCUUCGUCGGGUUCGAGAGGGAACACGGAGCCAUACCGCGCGACAUCUCCGAGCCCAACUUGAGGUCGCGGACGGAACAGGCGAACGCGUAUCCGAAGAGUAAUAUCAGGAGUCUGGAGAACAUCCUGGAGGAGGAACUCGCAGCGAGCGCGAGCAAAGCUUUCCUCAGUGCGGAUGCGCGUCUGCCAAGACCCUACGCCUUCGAGCAACGCCAGCGGAGAUUUCCGGUCUCCCGUCGCUCGCUCUCGCUCGACGAAACGGACCCCGAGCUCUCCCCGACGAGACACGCGCACGACAACGGGGCCAUCCCGAAGUACGAGCCGCGCAGCAGGAUCACGGUGAACCCUAUGUCGAACGAGGCCUGCUGGAAGCUGCCAAACUCCAAGACGUACUUCUGCCUCAAGUCGAUCUUGAAGCAGAACAGGCGGAGGUACACGCUCGUCACCGCGGACGAGUUCCAGAACCUGGCCGACGCGAACAGGGACCGCGAGUGCGUCGACAGCAGCUUCGGCAGGGGCGAAAAGAUCGACGAGAUUCAACCUGACAAACCCACGCCCAUUGAUCGCCCACGCUCGAGGGAGAGAUUGAACCCACGGAGAAGGAUGCCGUCGUUCGAGGAGUUCAUGUCGGAACGAAGCAGAGCCUACGCUGGCGAUCAGAAACGCGAGGGUUUCAGGACACUGAUCUUCGCCAGCCCGAUACAGGAGGUCUGUCCAGGAGAUCCUUUCCGUGGCAAGAACAUCGUACCGGUCGCAAGCUCGAUGGAACGUGGCUUCCGAGAGAAUCCCGCUCACCCGAGUAGAUCAUCGAUCGAUCGCGACGCCUUUCGAUCGCACAUUCUGAACGACUAUCCUGGAGAAUGGGGCGUCUCAGCGGAUCCACGACGGUCCAGCAGCGUCGCGUACCCGUCGCUCGUUGUGCGGCCCUCGUAUCGCUACUCGGAGAGAGAAUUCCACUAUCACACGCACGCCAGGUUCAACGAGACGUCAACUCCGGUCAACGUGGCCGAUAAUGCCAGCAGAAUGGAGGCACCGCGAGCGUAUCGGAACGAAUUUGCAUUCCCGAACACCCUCGAGCAUCGCGCGGGCAGCAGGUCGAUGCUCCAAAGCCCGCGCAGCGAGCAACCGACUCCCAGCAGACUCGGCGAGGACCGCCCAGUGAUCUCGUACACGCCGAGCAGACAGCACCAGCGGGCCAACUACGUACCGUCCACCGGCUUGACCAGGUCGCUCACCGAGCGGCGUCCCCGGCUCGCCCGCACCGACAAGAACUUCCGCAGGAGCUUCACGGGCCGGGUGGAGGAUUACAGAGCGGAAUACGCCAGGUCUACGCGAAGGAACUUCAGCAUGGAGACCUCCUUGUAACAUUGACAAGCGCGUUGACUCCUCGAGGUCAACCGGCCAGUCGCCACCGACCACCUCGUUAGACACUACUGCGGUUAACUCGUUCGCCGUGCAGGAAGACUGUUAAACAAUUCGUCAGGAUGAUUCACAACGAUCACUUUUACGCCACCCGUUUACCCAUUAAUGGCCAUUAACGUUCUAUUUUUGGGGCGCAAGUUUCAUGACGAUUAGAAUUAAUUGAGUAAUCAACUCGGAUGCUCACUCAAAAUUCCCUCAGGUUCCAGUUUUGAAUUCGAGCCAAUUAAAGUCUAUGAUGCGGAAAA